AUGGGGUCCAAAUCUCCAGAAGAUCAUCGUCAAGGCCCUGAUGGGUCCUCGUCAGACGCCGCAAUUGCUAUCCUCAACCCUCCCAAGUCAGCCGCCGCGAGCGGACUACUUCAAGGCGUUCUCGAAGGGCAAGACGAAGACGGUGACGACGACAUCGCGCAGCCUGGACCUGACGUGAAGAACAACGAUGGCGCAAAGAAGAAAAGAAAGCGCAACAAGAAGAAGACUAAGAAAGUAUGCCCAGCACAGCAGACGACACCUCCUAGGGUGCCUCUUGCCGACCUGUUCUAUGGCCGACAAUAUCCGCAAGGUCAGGUUGUCGAGUAUGCCACCAAGAAUGAAAACCUGCAGCGCACUACAGCUGGAGAACUUCGGCAUCUAGCCGCCUUGGAAAACAUGGACGAUGAUUUCCUGAGGGAUUAUCGCAAAGCUGCCGAGGUCCACCGCCAGGUGCGCCAACACGUACAGACAAUCGCAAAGCCCGGCGUGUCUCUGACUUACCUUGCCGAAGAAAUCGACGAUAGUGUUCGCGCACUCGUUGGUCACCAAGGUCUUGAGACCGGAGAUGCACUCAAAGCCGGCCUUGCCUUCCCGACUGGAUUAUGCUUGAACAAUAUAGGUGCUCAUUGGACGCCUAAUGCCGGUGCCAAGGAAGUCUUUCUUCAGCACGACGAUGUAUUGAAGGUAGACUUUGGUGUUCAUGUCAACGGCAGGAUCGUCGACAGUGCUUUCACUGUGGCUGCCAAUCCGAUUUAUGACAAUCUGCUGGCAUCUGUGAAGGCAGCCACCAACACAGGCUUGAAAGAAGCUGGAAUCGAUGCGAGGAUCGAUCACAUCAGUGAGAUGAUUCAGGAGGUGAUGGAGAGUUAUGAGGUGGAGAUCAAAGGGAAGACCGUCCCAGUAAAGGCGGUGCGCAACAUCACUGGCCAUAACAUUUUACGUUAUCACAUUCAUGGUGACAAACAAGUCCCCUUCGUCAAAACCAAGACCACUCAACGCAUGGAAGAAGGCGACAUUUUCGCGAUCGAGACCUUCGGCAGCACGGGUAAGGCUUAUCUUCAUGACAAUGUUGGAGUCUAUGGCUACGGACGCAAUGAGCAUGUCAGUGCCACUGGGCUCCACCAUGGAUCUGCGAAGUCGCUCCUGAAGACCAUCGAUGAGAAUUUUGGAACUCUGGUCUUUGCACGCCGUCAACUUGAGCGUUUACCUGGCGUUGAGAAGUAUCAUCUCGGCAUGCGAACGCUAGUCAAUAGUGGCAUUGUCCAAGCAUAUGCGCCGCUUGUGGAUGUUCCUGGCUCCUUCAUUGCACAGUUUGAACACACUGUUCUGCUCGGGCCCAACUGCAAGGAGGUUGUCUCCCGAGGAGACGACUAUUGA